AUUCGAGGCCAAAACGAAGUCGAGUGAGAGAGAGCGAGCGCGGAGAGGGUGGAGGGCGAGCUGGGAGCUCCGCCUCUGAGAAUUUAGGCAGGGGCCUUGGGUUUUGAUCGGUUUUGUUGGUAUCGAGAUAUUGCGAUGUGUCCGCCGCCUUCCGAUUUGCUGCUAUUUGGGGAUGAUGCUUUGUCAAGUGAUGAAGAUAUUGUAUCUUUCCUGGGAGGUUGGAAAGUUGGGGAUCCUAUUCCGGUUAACGUGAUCGGAGAAGUUGACCCUCUCAGCAUCCAUCCAUGUCAUUUGCCUGAGGGCAUAUUAUACCUUUGUAGUUCAGGUGAUCCACAAUCAUGUAAGGCAAACAGUGAAAUCAAGGAGACAAGUGAUGGAUAUUGGAAGUCCAAUGGUGAAGAUUUCAGAAUAUUAGCAAACAACCUUAAGGUUGGGAGGAAAACUACAUGGGAAUUCUAUUCUGGUGAGGUGCCAUUUGGGAAGAAAACUGGCUGGAUGAUGCACGAGUACCAAGCUGAGCAAAAGCCAUGCGAAGGAAUUAUAGCCACAAAGGAAUCCAGCUUUAUGUGCAGAAUAUUCAGGCACAGUGAUCAAUGCCUUAAUUGUGAAGGGCAGCAUAAUUCUGAACAUGCAAACUGUUUAGAUGAUGCUGAUGCUAAUAGUGAAGCUGUAGAAGCAAUGUGGCGAUCCUUUUUACAAGGAGAUAAAAGCAAUCAUUCUGACCAGGAUGAUGAAAAUCAGACCCAGGUAUUUCUUGGGGAAGAGCAAAGGGAGUUGGCAAUCACUGGUGGAAACCGUCAGGAUAUAUUGGUUGUUGAUUCCUCUGUGGAUGUGGAUGCAACUGAUGAAUUCCUAGAGGGGGAUUACAUUGAACUGGAUGACCUUUGUAGUUUGGCGUCUUCUUCAUCAAGUUCAGAUAACUCCAGUAUUAUGUUGAUAAACUCCGAGGAAUACUUAGAUGUGGAUGCCUUCAACCUAAGAGAUCUGGAGAGUGAGAGCGUCCACGAUACGAGUGAAGAACACAUAGAGAGUGGAUUUUGUAUGUCUACUUUGUCCAGACCAAAUCAGGUCCUGAAUAAUCCACCUCCAACAGGUUUGAACUCAGAGGAAUAUUUUGAUGCACAUGCCCUCCUAAGAGAUCUGGUGGAUACAAGGGAAGAACAUAUAGACAAUAGAUUUAGUAUAUCUACUUUGUCCAGACCAAACCAGGUCAUGAGUAUUCCACCUCCAACAGGUUUAUUAAACAAUAGCAUUGAUAAUCUGAUGGUUGAGGAGCGCACAUCUCCCCUUGGCAAUGGUCUGGUCUCUGCCUCCACUUUGUCCCUGCUGUCUACUGAACCUCAGUGUAAUGGUGAAGCUUCUACAUCCGGCACAUCUCAUGACAAUUCGGGAAACCAAACUCUUAAUGGAAAAGUUAAUGGGAGCCCAAUAAGACCAGAUUCAAGUUCUGUUGGCUCAAAGCCUGGGAAAAUAUAUUUCUUCUUUGGAUUGUUUUAGCCUCACAUUAUCUAUCAACACCUGUGUGGUGUCUGCCAAGAAGGUUUAGAGCAACAACCGAGUAUAGCUAUAGCUAUUUAUGUUUAGUCAGAUGAGAGCUUCUCUGGAGCUCCGGAGAUACUGAUUCUUAUGAGCUUGUAUAGUGUGGUCGACCAUCAACCUCCUGCGAGAAGCAGAUUGUCUAAAAUGUUGGAAGCAAUUUGGUUGUCUACCAUGAAAUCUAGCUCUAUAUCAUUCUCUUAGAUCUUCAGAUGGCAUACUAGAUCAGCAGGACUCGACACGUGAACACACAUUAUUAGAAUCAUAUUUCCUGUAUAAAAGAAUUCCUCCAUUUCCCUUCUUUUUCUGUAAACAUAGCUACAGAUUACGACCUAUCCUCUGAAAUAAUAAUAAGGCUCAUUGUAUUAUGUGUUA